GCCCGUGUCGUGUGUUGUGUUGUGUGUGAAUAUACCGCGCAAGGAAUAUCUCUUCUACUAUUUUAAAUACGAUGACUUAAAGCCCGGCACGAUGCGAGUGCUGCUGCUGGUGGUGGCGGGCGCGCUGUGGACGGCCGCGCUGGGCUGCCCCUGGGCCUGCUCCUGCCGGCCCGGCGCCGCGGACUGUGCGCACCGGGCGCUGCUGCACGCGCCGCGCCGCCUGCCCGUCGACGCCCACCGCCUAGACCUGCAAGGGAACAAUAUAAGCAUCAUCUUCCAAAGCGACUUUCAAAAUCUGAAGGAUUUGAAAAUAUUACAACUAUCGGAGAACCAGAUCCACACCAUCGAGAGGGACGCCUUUCUCGAGCUCAACUCGCUGGAGCGACUGAAACUGAGCAAUAAUCGGCUGGGACACUUGUCUGAUGGCCUAUUUGUGAGAUUGAGGCAUCUACAGCGUUUGGACCUCAGCCGGAACGAGCUGACGGCGAUCAGCCGACGGACGUUCCGCGGUCUGACAGCGCUGAAGAGCCUCCAUCUGGAUGGCAACCAGCUCAAGUGCAUCGAUGAGAAGGCCCUGGAACACCUCAAGAGCCUCGAAGUGCUGACGCUAAACAACAACAACCUGACGUACCUGUCGCUGGAGGCGGCAUCGGUCGCGCGUCUGCACACGCUGCGGCUGACGGACAACCCCGUGGUGUGCGACUGCCGCGUCGCCCGCCUCGCCGCUGCCGUCCGCGCCGCAGGGAUACUGGGAGUUGGUGCAAGAUGUCAAGCACCGGCGGCUCUACGCGGUGCUCUCCUCACAGAGCUGGAGGCACAUGAACUUAUAUGCAACGGUCCGAACACAGCGGUGACAGCGGAGUGCUCGGCGGAGCCGCGCUGUCCACCGCCGUGCCGCUGCUCGCCCGACGGCACCGUGGACUGCCGCGAGAAGCUGCUGACGGAGCUGCCCACCACCAUCCCCCACCGCGCCACGGAGAUCCGCCUGGAACAGAACGAGAUAACCGAGGUGGGUGCGGGCGCGUUCUCCGCAGUGAAGCGAGUUGCGAGGAUCGACCUGUCAAACAACAAGAUCGUAAAGUUAGCCGCAGACGCCUUCAACGGCCUGACGCAUUUGACUUCGCUCGUGUUGUAUGGAAAUAAAAUAAAGGAUCUGCCAUCGGGCAUCUUCCAUGGAUUGACUUCGUUGCAGUUGCUAUUACUGAACUCCAAUGAAAUAUCGUGUGUUCGGAAAGACUCCUUCAGGGAUCUUCAGAGUCUGAAAUUAUUGUCUCUAUACGACAACAACAUACGGUCGAUACCGAACGGGACUUUCGACGCGCUCACCGGAAUACAAACGCUCCACCUCGGGCGCAACCCGUUCUCGUGCGACUGCUCGCUGCGCUGGCUGGCCGCGUACCUCCGCAAGAACCCCAUAGAGACGUCCGGCGCCAAGUGCGACACGCCCAAGCGGAUGAAUAGGAAACGCAUCGACGCGCUGCGGGAGGACAACUUCAAGUGCAAGCCGGGCGAGGAGACGGGCGAGGUGUGCGGGGAGGAGGCACCGUGCCCCGCAGCGUGCGCGUGCGCGCGUGUGGCGGGCGCGCGGGCUCGUUCCGUGCGUGUAGCGUGCGCGCGCGCCGCACUCACCGAGAUACCACGUGAUCUGCCGCUCGCUACGCACGCACUAAUAAUGCCGGAAAACAAUCUGGGACGUAUCAAAUCGGACGGCAUGUUUGGCCGCCUGCCAGAACUCACUAAAUUGGACCUUAGAAAUAACGGUAUAACGGUGAUCGAGGACAACGCGUUCGACGGCGCGGCGAGCGUGCAGGAGCUGUUCCUGGACGGCAACAUGCUGCAGACCGUCACCGACAAGAUGUUCCUCGGACUACACAGCCUCACUGUCUUGUCCCUUGUAGACAACAAGGUGAAGUGUAUCACACCCGGCGCCUUCGACCACAUGACCAUGCUGACUGCUCUGUCUCUGAGCGGCAACCCGCUACAGUGCACAUGCCACAUGGCGUGGGUGGCGCCGUGGCUGCGGGCACGCGCGCCAAACUCCGGCGCCGCGUGCGCGCACCCCCCCGCGCUGCGCUCCACACCCCUACACCAUCUAGAAGCGGCUGACUUCAAGUGCACACCGGAGGACUCAGGCUGUCUGCCGGCGGAGUACUGCCCGGCGGGCUGCGCGUGCGCCGGCACGGUGGUGCGCUGCGCCCGCGCCCGCCUCACCGCGCUGCCGCCGAGACUACCGCCGUAUACCACUGAAUUAUACUUGGAAUCGAACGAGAUAACGAGCAUAUCGUCGGAGGAGAUCCGCCACCUGACGCAGCUGACGCGGCUCGACCUCUCCAACAACCGCAUCUCCGUGCUCUCCAACAACACCUUCGACGGCCUCACCAAGCUCUCCACGCUCAUCGUCAGCUACAACCGCCUGAGAUGUGUGCAGCGCGACGCGUUGAAGGGUCUGACGCAGCUGCGCGUGCUGUCGCUGCACGGCAACAACAUCUCGCUGCUCGCCGACGGCGUCUUCCGCGACCUGGAGUCCAUAUCACACGUGGCCCUGGGCUCGAACCCGCUGUACUGCGACUGCUCGACGCGCUGGCUGUCGGAGUGGGUGAAGACGUCGGGCGAGUACGUGGAGGCGGGCAUCGCGCGCUGCGCCGACCCGCCGCCUAUGCGCGACAAGCUGCUGCUCAGCACGCACUCCUCCGCCUUCAUCUGCAAAGGCUCACCGCCAGCUGACGUGGUAUCAAAAUGCGACCGGUGCCACUCGCGGCCGUGCGCGAACGGGGGCACGUGCACGGUGAACGCGGGCGGCGGGUUCACCUGCGCGUGCGCACGAGGCUACCACGGCGAGACGUGCGCGCUGCAGAUAGACGCGUGUUACGGCUCACCCUGCGCGCAUGGCACUUGCCAGCUGCUAGAGGAGGGGAGGUUCCAUUGCGCGUGCCCGGCGGGCUACACGGGCGUGCGGUGCGAGGUGGACAUCGACGACUGCGUGGCGCACCGCUGCCAGAACAACGCCACCUGCCACGACCGCCUCGAGGGGUACUCCUGCCAGUGCGCGCCUGGAUACAUGGGUGAAUACUGCGAGAAGAAGAUCCCGUUCUGUACGAGUGAGUUCAACCCGUGCGCGAACGGCGCAGCGUGCGCCGACCACGGCAGCCACUACACGUGCACCUGCCCGCGCGGCUACUCCGGACAGAACUGCACAGUCAACGCCGAUGACUGCGUCAACCACAUGUGCCAGAACGGCGCAACCUGCGUGGACGGCCUAGAGGAGUACCGGUGCGCGUGCGCGGCGGGGUACGCGGGGCGGUACUGCGAGGCCGCGCCGCACGCCGCGCUCGGCACCUCCCCCUGCGCGCACCACGACUGCGUGCACGGCGUCUGCUACCUGCCCGCGCUCGCGCUGCACGAUGACAUUAUGAUGGAGCGACCGCUGCUCGCGCCCGCCAACGACUACCUGUGCAAGUGCGCGCCGGGAUACUCCGGUCGUCUCUGCGAGUACCUCACGUCCCUCACGUUCAAUUACAACGACUCGUUCGUGGAGAUGGAGCCGCUGCGCACCUCGCCGCAGGCCAACGUCACGCUCGUGUUCAGCACGACGCAGCAGCACGGCGUGCUGGUAUACUUCGGCGCGAGCGAGCACCUGGCGGUCGAGCUGUUCAACGGCCGCAUCCGCAUCUCCUACGACGUCGGCAACCACCCCACUUCCACCAUGUACAGUUUCGAGAUGGUGUCCGACGGCGGCUACCACAAGGCGGAGCUGCUGGCGGUCAGGAAGAACUUCACCCUGCGCGUCGACGACGGACCCGCCAGAUCCAUCAUCAACGAAGGGAGCAAGGAGUACCUGCGCCUGGAGCGGCCGAUGUUCAUCGGCGGCGUGCCGGCCGACGUCGCCAAGGACGCCUUCACCAGGUGGCACCUCCGCAACAUCACCAGCUUCAAAGGUUGCCUGAAGGAGGCGUGGAUCAACCACAAGCGCGUGGACUUCCUGAACGCGGCGCGCAGCUCGCGGACGGGCGCGGGGUGCGCGGGGGAGGAGCCGCCCCCGCCCGCCGUCAGCCCCGCCCAGCUGCAGGAGGACGGCGCUCACGUGCCCGACCCGUGCGUGCCGAACCCGUGCGCGCGCGGCGGGCGGUGCGUGCGCGAGGAGGGCUCGCCGUCCGACUACACGUGCCGCUGCCGCGCCGGCACCGCCGGACCGCAGUGCGAGCUGCGCGCCUCCGUCGGAGGCGCUCCGGUGAUCGCCCAGAGCAAGUACCCGCCUCGGAAACAGAUCAUCAGCAACGUUCAAGCGUCGCCAGCUGCCCCCGCGCACAAGCCCCCCGCUGAACCGCCGUCCCCGCCCGCCUCCACUUGUCGAAAGGAGGCGACGCGCGAGGUGAUAACGGAGGGCGGGUGCCGCAGCCGGCGCGCGGUCCGCGGCGCGCGCUGCACCGGCGCCUGCGCCGCCGCGCCCGUCUGCUGCGCGCCACGACGCACCAAGAAACGGAAGAUACGUUUGGUCUGCCCCGAUGGUAAAAAGUACACCAAAGAAAUUGAAAUUGUAAGAAAAUGUGCGUGCGGCAAGAAGUGCCCGAAAACCACGCCGUUUCUACACUGAACUCGCUCGCUCAGCGCUAGUCAUAAACACUACACACGAUGUAUCAAAAGUCUGAACACCAGAGUACUCGGUCGAAAUGUAUUCGCUAUUUCGAUAACGAAGUUAGAUGUGAUACGUAUGGGAUAUCGCACGCAUCGCAAAAUGUGUUGGCGCUUGCGAUGCGUUAUGUCAAAUCCCAUACCUUUUUGACAUCUAACUUCGUUAUCGAAAGUGGCGAAUGCAUCAUGACUAAGGUCAAUUCAGACCGCAACGCGA